UUUACACCAUCUCCUGUGCAUUGUGUGGUUAACACUAAGCAGUAGUCAUAGACAGUGGGAAUUAGAGUAGUUUUAUCUUUCAGCUGGGGGGGUUAUUUAUAAGAUUGCAUUUAGACCCCUUUGGAAAUAAGUCGCUGACUCUUGGGUUAUCCUAGGUAAUUUUUUGUUAUGUAUGGCAGUUGUAAUCAGCCAAGAACUAUGCAGUUUUGCCUAAAUGGGCUUAUUUAAAUUUUGGCUUGUAGUUCAAGUGGCUAGCCUUCGGCUCUCAUCUGAAAGACCAGGGCUCGAUCCCGGCACGGGUAGAGAGGUUGGGUAUGUUGCACCUGUUGACCCUGUUCACCUAGCAGUAAACAGGUACCUGGGUAUUAGCCUACUGUUGUGGGUCGCAUCCUCAGGAAGAGAAUCAAAAGUCCUCAUUAAAAAUAAGCCGCAAAAUAUAAUGGCAAUUUUUUGCUAAACCACCUGAUUUUUUUGGGUUAUCAAGGACCCCAGUAGAAAUAGGUCACUUUGUCUGACUUUUAUGGGUUAUCCUAGGUAAUUUACACAUAUGUUACUUAGGUAUGAUAAUUUGUGUAAUUAUUUGUGUGUAUCUGUACCUAAAUACACUUACUUCCUCAAAUGGGAGGUUCCUUGAUGCUGGUAGGAGGCUCUUCAUCCAAGGAAUUUAAUUUUUCCUCCCCUUUGAAUAAACCUGUUUACUUCCCAUUCCCCAGACAUUGUAUGACCCCAAUGUGUUUAGCACUUCUCCUUAAAUAUAAUGAUUGCUGACCCUCAGGUUAAUUAUUCAUAUUAAAUAUUUUGGGUUUGUAUAUGGGGGACUGCAUUGGAAAUAAAUUGUUAACUUUAUGCCUUGGCAGAUUUGGGAACCACAUAGUUGAAGAAUAUUGCAAUGGUUGGUGACAGUAAAUAGGAAGCUUCAGUUUGAUUACUUGCUUUGUUUUUUUGUGGUUUUCUGUUCAUGGUAUUAAUAAUAGUAAUAAUAAUUAUAUCACUAUAGAAAUGACCUCUAUUUUUCUCCAAUAUGGUAGACUUGUUUUGUGGGGGAUGCCAACUUUAAUUUACAUUAGAGUAUUAUAUACCCAGUGCUAAUGCCACUUAUAGCACACUCAUAAAAAAAUGCUAUGUGGUUUACUGUAAAGAAUUAUUAUACUGUUCAUGUAAAUGCUUAUUUCAAAAUCAUCAGAGAUUCUUUCCUUGGGCUAACCAUUCAAGGAGGUGCCUUGAGUAUAACAGUAAUAAUUCUUUGGGCUAACAGGUUCUUGGCAUGCUAUAGAGUAUGUAUACAUACACAGAAACUGUAGAUAACACGUACAGUACACUGGCAGUAUGAGCAUACGUGUACUACAACAGUAUGGAUUAUACACAUGGAGUACGUAUACAUAAACUGAUGCAUUAGAGUGCACUAAGUGUUGCCAUAUGACUCGUGCAGGUUUAGUGCAUGGUGUUAAUAUAAUUAUAAGAGUACAGAGUAUGCUAUACAUUGCCAGUGUAGAGUAUUCAUAUACGUAUUGAGGUACACUAUAAAGUACACACAGAAUGUAGAAUAGACAUACAUUGAUAUAGUAUAAAGGAAGAAUGGGCCAGUACCAAAGUUUUUGCUCAUACUAAUACUCAGUUUUAAGCCAGUAUAGAUACCAGUGCCAUCAAAAUUAGUCAAUACCCACCAGUACCAUCACCAGUACUUCGGCACACCUAGUAUAAAAUGGCUGCCCCAUUAAGUCAGAAAGAAUAUCUGAAGAAGUACCUGAGUGGUAAUGACCCUGAAAAGAAAAAGAAGAAAAAGAAAAAGAAAGAUAAGGUUUCUGGGUCAAGCAAAGGAAUGCGCAUCAUUGAAGAUUCUCUCGAUAUGAAAAAUGUACCCUUUGGAUAUGCAGAUGAUGAUGAUAAUCCUACAGUAGCUGAAGUUACAUAUGAAGAUGAAAAAAUGAAAAUAAUGGAAGAAUUCCAAGGAAACAGAAGAUGGAAGAAGUUAAAAGACAAGGAGAGUAAGGAUGAAAAUGACCAUGAUUGGCAGCAGUUGCAUGGGUCAAGAAAAACAUCGAAAGAGUCUCCACCACGCAGGGCAAGAUAUGACUCUGGUUCUCCACCUAGGAAAAAAAGACAUGAUUCUGAGUCCCCACCACGAAAGACAAGACAUGACUCAGUAUCUCCUCAACGGAGAAGAAGGCAUGAUUCUGGAUCACCUCCACCAAGAGCAAGACAUAACUCAAGAUCUCCACCAAAGAGGGCCAGACAUGACUCAGGUUCUCCACCAAGGAGGGCACGACAUGACUCUGGAUCCCCACCACUGAGGUUGAGACAGAAUUCUUGCUCUCCCUCACGGAGAAGAAGACGCGAUUCUGGAUCACCCCCAAGGAUUCGAAAUGUCUCUGAAUCCCCACGAGUAAGAAAAGCAGAUCAGAAUUCUGAUGAAUCGCCUCAGUCUGGUGAUAUGAAGAUGUCAUCAGUAAAAAGAUUGAGACAUGAUUCAGAUUCAUUUCCAUUAGCAAAUGUGGAAACUAAACAAAAUGCUCUUAAUUCUGAAUUAUCACCAAGAAGAAAAAGACAUGAUUCUGAUUAUUCACCUGAAAGAAAAAAACCUGAUGCAGAUGCCUCACCUCAGAGAAGAAAAUAUGAUUCAGAUGCCUCACCUCAAAGAAAAAAACAUGAUUCAAACACUUCUUUUCAAAGAAAAACACACGAUUCAGGCAUUUCAGCUCCUGAAAGAAAACGGCAUGAUUUAGACACAUCGCCUUCUAGAAGACGGCAUGACUUGAACCCUCCAGGCCCUGGAAGUAAAAGACAGAAUUUGGGCAUUUCUCCUCAAAGAAUGCAAAAUGAUUCAGAUACAUCACCUUCAAGGAUGAAAAGGAAUGAAUCACAUACUUCACCACAAAGAAAAAAGAGACAAGAUUCAGGCACUUCACCUCAGAGAAAAUUAAGAGAGGAUCCAAGCCUCUCGCCCUCAAGAAGAAGCAAUUCAAGUACUUCACCCUCAAGAAAAGGUAAAGAUCUUCAUGCAUUAUCUUUUAGGAGGAAAACCAAUGAUUCAGAUAUCUCUUCUCAUGGAAGGGAGGAAAUUGAUUCAGAUUCAUCACACAGGAAAAAGAGUGAUUCUGACACCUCACCACCACGAAGAAAAAGGAAUGACUCUGAUUCUUUGUCUCCUAGAAGAAAAAAACUUGAUUCUGAUUCACCUCCUCCCAGAAGACGGAAUAAUUCUGAUUCUUCUCCUCUUAGGAAAAAAAGAGCUGAAUCUCAUCCAACACCACCAGUGAGAAUAAGGAAUGAUUCUGAUUCUUCACCUCCAAGAAAGAAAAAAGAUGAUUCUCAGGCCUCUCCUCCAAGGAGAAAGAGGAAUGAUUCUGAUUGCUCCCCUCCUAGAAGGAAAAGAAGUGACUCUGAUGCUUCACCUCCCCGAAGAAAACGAAAUGAUUCUGACUCCUCGCCACCCAGGAGAAAAAGAAAUGAUUCUGAUUCCUCUCCACCUAGGAAAAAAAUGGAUGAUUCACAUAACCAUUCCCAGAGAGACCGUAGGCAACAUCCAGAACGCAAAAUGACCACUCAAGAAUAUCUCGUAGCAAGAAAGAGAGGAGAGUUGAAGAAAGACACUCCAGAAGAUAUUGCCAGAAAGGAAAGGGAGGCGGUGUUGCAGCGUCAGGCUGAAGAAAAGCAUCAGCAGUGGAAACAUGGAGUAAAGCAAGUGCAAGAGUACCAACAAAAAGUAGCUGAUGAAACACAUGAAAUGGGUAAAGCCUUUGCAAGAACAGCAGAUGAUGCAGACAUGAAUGAUCGAUUAAAAGUUGUAGCUAGAAAAGAAGACCCGAUGUUAGAGUACAUUUUGCAGAAGGAUGUGAAAUCAAGUAAGCAGCCUGUGAAACCAACAUACAAGGGUUCAUUUCCUCCAAAUAGACUAAAUGUUCGACCUGGGUACAGGUGGGAUGGGGUAGACAGAUCAAAUGGCUUUGAGAAACAGUGGUUUGAACGUAAGAACAGUAGGAAGGCUCAAGAUGAAGAAGCAUAUAAAUGGAGUGUAUCUGAUAUGUAGACCUCUAAUGCAAGUACAAAAUCAUUACUAGUGGGAUGUUUUAUCAGUAUGGUAGAAUUGUUUCAUGUAAGAUUAAAAAAAAAAUUGUUACAAAUAACUAUAGUUGGUAAAGUACUUUUUUAUUGUUUUCAUUUAGAGUGAAAAACCAAAUACCGUACCUGUCCAUUGUUAUUAUUUUUCAUGAGUUGCUAAUCAAGGGGUUUGAUUAGAUGAAGACUUUUAUAUUUUCUCCUAUUUGAAAAUAAUUACAUGUAUACCCUUACCAGAGUACACACCAGUUUUGUCCCAAGCAUUUUAAAUUAAUGCCUCUUCAUAUUCAGUGUUCAGCUUGUCUGGCUGCUUCACUACUACAGUAUUGUCAAAUUAGGGAUUGUUUUUUGUUUUAAGGCUUUUGUUAUUUUUUCCAGUAUGUGGGUAACUUUUGUUUAGCUAAUAGAAAUGUGAUUUCUGAAAAUUAUUGAAAAUCUUACAGAUGCAGCUUUGUGAGCCUUACUGAUCACUCACUGACAUCUCUUUCCAAGCAAAAUUUAUUAGUCAUUCUCUCUAAUUAAAUAAUACUGCACAUCAGAUACAUUUAUUAAAAUAUCCAUAUCCAUUAACAGUGGACCCCCGCAUAACGAUUACCUCCGAAUGCGACCAAUUAUGUAAGUGUAUUUAUGUAAGUGCGUUUGUACGUGUAUGUUUGGGGGUCUGAAAUGGACUAAUCUACUUCACAAUAUUCCUUAUGGGAACAAAUUCAGUCAGUACUGGCACCUGAACAUACUUCUGGAGUGAAAAAAUAUCGUUAACCGGGGGUCCACUGUAUUUCAAGUACAUUUAUUAAUUUAAUUAUUUUAAAUCAGUUUAUGUAUUUUAUCUAAGAAAAUUAUUUGCUUUAAUUGUAAAUAUUUAUUUGUAUUGUUUAUAUGGCAUACAUUUCUUUUGAAGGAAAUGCUAACAGUAUUUCCCUGAAUAAUUGCUUAACUGUCUGGUUGUUAAAAAAUAGAGAUCCUGUAUGACAGGUGAACCAAGCACCUGUAUUACAGAUGGUUGACAUUAGCAUACUAUGUAAUUAUCCCACUGUCUAAGGGUGCACAUGUCAAAACAGUUGAAACACCCAGCAGAUGCAUUUCCCUAACUAUCUUUGUACUGAAUUACACUGCCUGUACUUUGUUAGUGGGAAUAAAAUGUGGUGGCAUAUA